CACACACACUCUUUACGCACGCAUCCACACACACUCACACACACACACACACACACACACACUACUGAGGGUGACUUGUAUAUGUAGAGAGAGAGAGAGAGAGAGAGAGAGAGAGAGAGAGAGAGAGAGGAGCCCUUCAGAAACAGAAAGGUACACAGAGAAGAGAGUGGACGACAGAAAGUAAGAGAAGGAGAAAGAGGACGGUGGCUUCUGAGCAUCUCCUGCGCAUCUUUCUCACUCCUGCACGCUCACGGAUCUUUUUAAGUCUUCACUCUGCUUCAUCCUUCCUCGUGCCUCACAGAGAGAUUAACACCUUUCUUUUUUUUCUUCGUUUUAUUAAAAAAGAGAAUUUGGAGUUGAGAGACACGCGAUUCCUGGAAGAGUUUGCCUGUCACUUGAAAAAUCAAAUCUUUUCCAUCUUUUUUUGGGGGGAAGUUUUGAAAAGUAAAGCAGUUGCUUGUUGGUUCCAGGGGCUCGGCUUCACUUUAUUUUUUCCACGUGUCCCACGUUCACCCAGCUCCUGACACAAACGUGUCACCUGGAGGUUUUUUUUUUUUUUUGCUGCCUGGCUAAAAAAAAAAGUUCCAGACUAUUUUUUCAGAUUUUGAUUUUAACUCACUGACCCACACAAGAGACCCAAAAAUGAGAUUUCAAACACCAGCCCCGUGUGUUGAUUGUCCUAAAGGCUUAAAUCACUAAUACAGAGAGUGAGUUUCCAAGCGUUUCACUUUUUCCACUUUCACAGCAGAGGUGGCAGCGCGGCUCACCUGUAGCAUCUCCUCCACUCAUCAGGACAUCAGAAAAACCACUUUGUGACUAUUUAAAGACAGAGAUUAACUUUUUUUUUUCCUGCACUUCACACGGUUCAUUCAUUCUGCCGCCUCUUGUCACUUCCAGAGGGGGCUUUUUGGAGUGCGUAAAGGAGCGCUGCGCUUUUACGCAGAACAUCCAACUUUUUUUUUAAUCAUCCCGAAGGAUCCAGACCUGCCUGUUUUUUUUUUUUUUUAAGUCUUCCAGAGCUCCAGAGGGACGCCGGGCCUCUCCUCCAUCAUCAUCAUCAUGCUGUUCGACAGUUUCGACCUCGUCUCGGCUCUGGCCACCCUGGCCGCAUGCCUGGUGUCCAUGGCGCUGCUGCUCGCCGUCUCCCAGCAGCUGUGGCAGCUCCGGUGGACGGCCACGCGGGAUAAAAACUGCAAGCUGCCCAUGCCCAAAGGAUCCAUGGGCUUCCCUUUCAUCGGCGAGACCUGCCACUGGCUCCUGCAGGGUUCGGGCUUCCACGCGUCGAGGCGGCAGAAGUACGGCAACGUCUUCAAGACCCACCUGCUGGGCCGCCCUCUGAUCCGGGUGACGGGCGCCGACAACGUCCGCAAGGUGCUGAUGGGCGAACACACGCUGGUGACGGUGGACUGGCCUCAGAGCACCGCCACGCUGCUGGGACCGAACUCGCUGGCCAACAGCAUCGGAGACAUCCACCGCAAGAGGAGGAAGGUGUUUGCCAAAGUGUUCAGCCACGAGGCUUUAGAGUCCUACCUCCCGAAAAUCCAGCAGGUCAUCCAGGAAAGCCUCCGAGUGUGGAGCUCCAACCCUGAGCCCAUCAACGUCUACAGGGAGAGCCAGAGGUUGUCGUUCACAAUGGCGGUAAGGGUGCUGCUGGGGUUCAGGGUGACCGAGGAGGAGAUGAGGCAUCUCUUCUCAACCUUCCAGGACUUUGUUGACAACCUGUUCAGUCUGCCUAUAGACCUGCCAUUCAGCGGCUACAGAAAGGGUAUCCGUGCACGAGACUCCCUUCAGAAAAGCAUAGAAAAAGCCAUCAGAGAGAAGCCGCUAUGUUCUCAGGGGAAGGAUUACAGCGAUGCGCUGGACGUCCUGAUGGAGAGCGCCAAGGAGAACGGCACUGAGCUCACCAUGCAGGAACUGAAGGAGUCGACAAUCGAGCUGAUCUUUGCGUCCUUUGCCACAACAGCCAGCGCCAGCACUUCACUUAUCAUGCAGCUCCUCCGCCAUCCUCAGGUCUUGGAGCGCCUGAGGGAAGAGCUGAGAGCUAGAGGUCUCCUCCACAAUGGCUGCCUCUGCCCUGAAGGAGAGCUGAGGUUGGACACCAUCGUGAGCCUUAAGUACCUGGACUGUGUCAUCAAGGAGGUGCUCAGGCUCUUUACGCCUGUCUCAGGGGCAUACAGAACCGCCAUGCAGACUUUUGAACUUGAUGGGGUUCAGGUUCCAAAAGGCUGGAGUGUGAUGUACAGCAUCCGGGACACCCAUGACACCUCAGCUGUCUUCAAGGACGUGGAUGCCUUUGACCCUGACCGCUUCAGUCAAGAGCGAGGAGAAGACAAAGAAGGACGCUUCAACUACCUUCCAUUUGGUGGUGGUGUCCGGUCCUGUCUGGGCAAACAGCUCGCCACUCUCUUCCUUCGCAUCCUCGCCAUUGAGUUAGCCAGCACCAGCCGUUUUGAGCUAGCUACCCGGAACUUCCCUCGUGUGAUCACGGUACCAGUGGUCCACCCUGUUGACGGGCUGAAAGUCAAGUUCUAUGGCUUGGACUCUAACCAGAACGAGAUCAUGGCCAAGACAGACGAGCUGCUUGGGGCAACUGUUUGAGGGGCAGGGAGUAGACAAGUAAGGGGGAGGGGUGAGUUAUCUAAGAAGUCUUUAGGGUGAAGAUUGAAGGAAGGAAAGAAAUAAUUUCAGUUAUUUUUUCUUCUCCACCUUUUCUCUGCUAAGUUAGGGGUUCUUUUUCAGACUAAAAGAAAAGCAGAGGUCUUCAUCUCUUGUUACAACUGCAAAUGAUGAGAGGAAAUGAACCUCUGAGAAAGGAAGAAGCUGCCAAAAACGUUCUUAAUUAUGCUCGAUUCUGUGUAUUUUUUAAAGAAAUAUACAAACAAAAUCUAUUUACAAAAAAAAAAAGCUAUGUAAUAUAAUUUGAAAUAUAGAAUGUGGGUAGUGCACAAUGGUAGUAAGGAAGGGAAGUACGGUGGUACUUUGGUGAAAUGAAGUGUUGAAAUAGAAACGUGAAAGUAAGGAUGGUUGUGGAAGGAAGGCAAGAUGGAUGAAACAGGGUAUAGGGUGAAAGAUUAUGAUACUUUAGCAUUUUGCUUGUCUCUAAUCAAAUGCAGUAAACCAUUAUAGCUGUCUAGCAGGGUAAAAGAGAUGGAUAUGUGACUGAAUGUUCUGGACAAAACUUCUUCUUCAUGGUGCCACCCAUGUGUUUGAUUAUUUGAAAGAAUGAAAUCAAGUGGUGAUGACUCUGUUUUCCAUCAGACGCCCAUCAAGAUUCAAAUUGCCUACGAGCUAACAGAUGCAUUGGCAAGGAUCAUAGUACAUUGGGUAGCAGGUUGUGUCAUAGUGCCAUUUAAAUUUUCAGAUUGGCUCUGCACCUCUUCUUCAAGCCAACCGAAUCAUGAUGCAGUAAAUACUUUGACUGGCUUCAAUAUGUACUGCUAAUAAGUAUUCAUUUGGGCAGUGGAUGAGAGAGCCUUUCCAUGAGUAAUAUAGUUCUGUAAGGGAAGAUAUCAUAGCUGCAUGUACUAAGGGGCAAAAGGCUUUUUGAAUUGAUGUAACUGGGCAAAUUGUUCAACUUUACCUAUUUCUACUUUCUUCUUUACUGCUGUUUUCAUCAAAAAGUUGCCUCUAAUUGUUUGACUUCUUAAAGAAUUCUUCCCACAUUGCACCCAGUUAUGCAUCCUAUUGUAGAAUAAGCUAAAAUUACAAACACUAUGAGGAAAAAAAAACUAUUUAUUCUGGAGUUUUAGCGCUUAGAUUACAUCCUAAUAACAAUUCGUACCUCGAAACUAUGCCUUGUUGGCAUUCCAAAUUGGAAACUCUAAAAUGUCAAAAUAUUAGGGACAGAAACAGACAGCAGGAAUACUGGCAUGUCUUAAAAUUGUGGCUUGUUAUAUAACUCCAUUCCCCAGUCCUUGCCACUGUAGGUUGCCCACCAAUGUAGACUCAAAAUGAUGCCAAUAUGAAAACGCUAAUCCUAGUAAUCUUGUUGGUAUGUGAACUCAGGUGAAGAUUUAACUAUGUGAUGGAUAAAAAGCAUUUUAUUGGUGGUUAACUCUGACUGGCUGCACAUAAAUGCUGUCACUUACUGUGGAGGUUAAUGAGCUGGACUGAAUACUUUUUUGAAAAGUGGUCAAUUCUCAACAAUACAAUUUCAGGGGUUUCCAAUAGUACAUGCUCUCACCUGAUGUAUUAGCAUCUGCAACCUUUUAGUAUCUGCCCAAGCGAGCUAUUUAGAGGUGCAAGCAGAAUCAACAAACCCUAUACGAAUUGGCGUCGCACAAGAUAAAAGUAACUGAAUCCAGGUCCAGGUUUGUUUUGUUUUUGUGUAUUCUCUGACCGUUUGCUUUGAUGCAUAAACUUCACUUUCAAGUUGCGUUGAGAUUGAAUUCUCUUGGACAGUAAAUUACAGCGAGAAUUGCAAUAAACAACUUGCUCUCGCUAAGCAAGAGAAAAGAACAAGGGACACAGUUGAGCUGGGGAGGAGAAAACUUACAUACAUGCUGCUUGAAUGUUGCUUUUGUCAUACUGUGUUUGUUUGUUAAUGUGCUGUGUUUUUUUUUUUUUCCGUCUCCGUGGGGCAGCCAGUUUGAGUUCUGUGGGGAAGGUGACAUUCUGUCUUGCUGCUCCUCCAAUCAACGCUAAUGAUGCAAAAACAAAAGAAUUUUCCAUGGUUUAAGCAACUUUAUUAGCUGAAAGAGAUUUAUUGUUUGAGGUGAUUGCACAAUCAGAACUCUCAGAGCUUUGUGUAUUCCAUAUUUGGAGAGGAAUAUUUGUUUUUCUUAUUUCCCAUUCAUGGAAAGCUACGGCAACAGAACUCUGGGAACUUGGUAGCGGAACUCUCGGACAUUCUAGAAGCCUUGAACAGAGUUCUAAGUUCCAAGUGAAACCGAAGCUUGAGAGAGAUGGACCAAUGAGAUUUCAGGGGAGGGCAGGGUCACUCUCAGAGGGCUUUUCCUAUUGGACGAUCAUGAUGCCCAACAGCAUUCCAGAUGGAUUCUGCCUGUGCUAGCCAUUGGUCACUCUUUUUACCAACCACACCACUGAUUUCUUCUUAUGAAAAAAAUAAAAAACAAAAAUAGAAUUUUUUGCUGCUUUUCUUGUGUACAUUUUUCUAAUUGAGAGUUAUAGAUUGCAAUAGUUUGUACCGAGUGAGAUUUGCCAUUUCUUCCUUUUUUAUAUAUAUGAUUAUAAUUUAGCUGAUUAAAAUAUUUGCAUUUUGUGGAAGCAAAAGAGCAUUCAUAGGUAACAGUGUAUAUUAAUUUGUACAAUAUUUCUUUCCUUAGCAAGCCAUGGGGAAAAUCAGCUAUUUACAUCUACUAAUAACCUAAUAUUAAUGUUAUUGUACAAUUAAUAUUAUUGUUAUAAGAUAUUUGAAAUGAUAUUUUUUAUUCUAUUACAGAUAUAGAGUUUUUAGGCUAAAUGAGAAGGUCUCUGGUAAAUAUUGGAUGUAUUUAGAAUGUUAUGUAUUUCAGUUAUAUUGUAAACAGUGUUUAAAAUGUUAAUAUUGUUUAUUUGAUUACUGUAAUAAUUAUUAUUAUUUGUUUUGUUAUCAGACUUAUUAUCACUGCAUUUUAUUUGAUAUUAAUUAUGGAAAACAGAAAGCACUUGCGAGGUAUGUCUAUUUUUUAAGUGCCAUGCGACUACACUUCCCGUUCCUCUCACCUGUCGGUUUCUUCGAAAAAACUUGUCUUAUGUCUUUCUGUAAAUAAUAUUUUUAUUUCUUUUUACAGGAAAAAAAUGUUCAUUUAGUUGAAAUAUGAAUGUCUUGUCCUACUUUCUUUUCCUUUUUGUUACCGUGACUGUUAAAUGUACUCCUGUAAUAAACUAUAAAGAAAAAUAAUAA